GACGAAGAAUUGGAAAAAUCUUGGCUCUUUUGCCUAUCCUACUAAGAAGGGUGCAGACCGGUCUUGCAAAUGUACAGUUAGUGUGCCACCUGUAAUUCUGCAGAGUCCGAGACAGUUUUGCUUACUCUAGGGUUCCAGUGACCUAGUCAGGGGAAGGGACUGGAGAAUGGGGCUCAUUUGUUCCUGGAUUGCUGAGUCCUGGGAACGAGUUAAUUAUUGAUGAAUAUUAACAAAGUAGGUCGGUUACUGACAGUGUUUUUUUACACUUGCCCAAGCACUAGAUUUGCAGUGACUGUGUAGGUGGGUAGAUCCAUCUCUCCAGGCUGUUCUGUUCUUUACGGGGCUUCAAUGUCUCCAUUUUGAGGGCUAAGAACAGGAAGACGUCCGUUUUAGGACUGGCCACGUGAGACUGUCGCCCAGCGGGGAGCAGACCCGAGCCAGGCCAUCGGAUCCUCGGCUAGUGCGCGCGCUCCGCUCCGGCGAAGCUGUGGGCUCUUCGCCGCGGCUGGCAGCCCGGCUUGGGGACAGGUUCGGGGCGGACUUGGAAAGUAGACAUUCCAGCAAUGGAAAAGAAAUUACUGUUGGUUGAUGUUGAUGCAGGAGUGGAUGAUGCUGCUGCUUUAAUGAUAGCUCUGGCAGCACCUAAUGUUGAAAUCCUGGGGAUCACUUGCUGUUUUGGAAAUACUACAGUGGAAAAUGUGUGUAAAAAUGUCCUUCGGGUAUUAAAAACGUGUAACCAUUUACAGAUCCCAGUUUACCAGGGAGCAUCUUCCCCUUUACUUAAUACGAUGAAAAAUGAUUAUUUUUAUGGAACAGAUGGCUUAGGGGAUGUACCUGAUGCUGAUGCUCCUGGAUCUGACCAAGUGCAACAUGAACACGCUGUCGCUGCAAUGAUAAGGAUCAUCAAUGAGAGGCCUAACAAGGUAACUCUGGUUGCCACUGGGCCCUUGACUAAUUUAGCUCUGGCUGUGAAAAUGGACCCAAUGUUUCCUAAGAAAAUUAAAAAUAUGUCUAUAAUGGGAGGCAAUAUGUACUCCAGAGGAAACAUUGAUAUCUGUGCAGAAUUCAAUUUCGCAGCAGACCCAGAGGCAGCUUACAUUGUCUUAAAUGAAUACACUUGUCCAACUUUUAUUACAACCUGGGAAUUUGCGUGUUUGCAUUCACUACCUUGGGAAUUUUAUGAGAAGUGUACUUCACAGGACAGUGAAAAAGCAAGGUUUUUGAAAGAAAUUUAUACAGUAACCACAGAGUAUCAAAAACGUCCCAUUCCCAAGUUAAGAGCCCUCUACCGGAAACCAGGAUUUGUGUCUUGUGAUUGCUUUGCGAUGGCAGUUGCAAUUGAUGACAACUUGGUCACAGAAUCCAUCUUCUGUGCUGUAUCUGUGGAGCUGACUGGAUCUCACACCCGAGGAAUGAUGGUUUUGGAUAUGGAAGAUCAGCUUCAGAAAAAAAACAAAGUUUCCAUCACAAAAGAGUUGGAUAUGGAAAAAUUCAAAGAUCUUCUGUUAGCUGCUUUGAAAUAGUAGUAAUAAUAAUAGCUAGUGCUGAUAUCACAAUUUAAGGUUGGCAAAGCACCUUACAUAUGCUAUCUCAUUUGAUUUGAACUAAAGUUUCCAUUAUAGUCUUACAUAUAAUCAUUUUUGUUUUAAUAAGGCAUUCAGCUAAAAUUAUAGUAUCAGGGAGCAGCUCGCUAGGUGGCACAGUGGAUAAAGCACCGGCCCUGGAUUCAGGAGGACCUAAAUUCAAAUCCGGCCUCAGACACUUGAUACUUACUAGCUGUGUGACCCUGGGCAAGUCAUUUAAUCCUCAUUGCCCUAAAAAUAAAAUAAAAUUAAAUUACAAUAUCAGAUCUUUUGAAAUAAUUCAGAUUUAAAUAUACAUCCAAAUACUAGAACCAAAUUCUAAUAUUCAAAUCUCAUGGGAAAACUUCAAAAAUGUUCAUUGAAACUGGGUUCUAAUAAGGUUCCAGCAUGUUGGUGUUUCAUGAGAGACAAUGUUUAAGUUUCCUUAUUUGUGUGAAUUCAAACCAUUUUCAUAUGAUUGCAUUGCAUGGACUCCAGUCUGAGAUCUUUGCAGUUUUCAGAAGCAAUGCUUACGUCCCAGAAUCACUUGUGACUGAGAGAAGUCAUUGAUUUAAUUCACCUUCCUUCAUACAGACGGCAUUGUAAAUAAUUGACAAGGGCAGACCAUCAAAUAUUACUUUUUGUCUUGAUUUUACUAGUUUAAAUUAGAAUUCAAUUUGUUUCCAUGGAAAUAGCCUUCUGUUUAAUAAAAGCUUAAGCACUGA